GUUCCCGGUUCUCGCGCCCUUGUUUAUACGGGGGUGCCGGGUGCCGGGCGCCCGGCGCCGGGUGGUAUCGGGAGCGACGGCACGGCACGGCACCCCGCGGCAGUGCCUCCUGAACACUCCCAGAGAUGGGACGCCCGCUCGCCGCCCUAGCGUCUACCACGAACACGACACGCGCUUACACCCAAACACAUAGAUGAAUUCGAUGAGAACUUCCACUCACGUGAAUGCAAAAAUGACUUUUUUUAUACGUUUGUAUUGUGUAAUAUGGAUAGCGCUAUUGACUUCAUGCAGCAGCACGACAGGUCGGGAAUUACCUACCGGGCAAAAUGUAGUGUCAGUAGCGCCUAUAGAAGUUCCCGACGAAUCCAUGUACCCGAGGUUCGCUGAACCAAUUCCGAACGUCACGGUGACAGUGGGUAGAGAUGCCUUGCUAGCUUGUGUCGUCGAUAACUUACGUGGGUUUAAGGUGGCAUGGGUCAGAAUGGACACGCAGACAAUCCUGAGCAUCCACCACAACAUCAUAACGCAGAACCCGCGCAUCAGCCUGUCAUACAACGACCACCGCUCGUGGUACCUGCACAUCAAGAGCGUGCAGGAGGUGGACCGCGGGUGGUACAUGUGCCAGGUCAACACCGACCCCAUGCGCUCCAGGAAAGGAUACCUGCAGGUCGUCGUGCCGCCAUCAAUCAUCGACAAUAUGACGUCGACGGACAUGGUGGUGCGUGAGGGCUCGGACGUGACCUUGGUGUGUCGCGCCAGCGGCUACCCCGAGCCCUAUGUCAUGUGGCGCCGCGAGGAUGGGCAGGACUUUAAUUAUAACGGAGAAUCAGUAAGCGUUGUGGAUGGAGAAACUCUGACCAUAGCCAAGGUGUCUCGUCUCCACAUGGGGGCGUACUUAUGUAUAGCAUCCAACGGGGUGCCGCCGUCCAUAAGCAAGCGCAUUAUGCUAAUGGUUCAAUUUCCACCGAUGUUAUCAAUACCUAACCAGUUAGAAGGAGCAUAUAUAGGUCAAGAUGUUACCCUGGAGUGUCACACUGAGGCAUACCCUUCCUCAAUAAAUUACUGGACCACCGACCGGGGAGAUAUGAUCAUUUCUGAAAUGGAAAUUGUAGGUGGCAAGUAUGAAGCCUUCCCUAUGGACAGCGGCUACAACAAAUUCAUGAUGCUCAAGAUAAGAAACAUUACCAAGGAGGACUUUGGCUUCUACAAGUGUAUCGCCAAGAAUUCUCUGGGAGAGACUGAUGGCAUCAUUAAACUGGACGAAAUACCGGCGCCACCGUCAGCGUUUUCUACGACGCCGAAAGCAAUUUUGGACAACCAAACAUUUAAGAAAAAAGGUCGUCACGAAAACUCAGUAACCAACGAUGCAGUAAGCUCAAACUUUCAAGGAGAAGUCUACGGUGAACAAAUACGGACGUUUGAAUUUGGUGACGAAGAAAACUCCUCAAAUGUCCGGAGAAGCAGUAUAAAUUACGUAUUUAUUCCUUUUUGUUUAAUUUACCUGAUAAACACAUUAAGACAUUGGGCACUGUCUUGAUGAUUCAUUUGUUAACAUCUAAAGCUUUUACAUUAUUAAAUUAACCGUGAAAA